UCUUUACUUGUGAAAACAUUUCAGAAAUUACAACUUGUUAACAAAUGUACUCAUAUGAUGAUUGACGGAUGAUGAAUUAUCUAUCUCACGAUAUACCACGUACCUACCUAAGUCUUGACCAACUGCACAUCACGACCAUUAGCAUUCCAUUUUCCUUAUCACUAUAAAUUUAGUAUACAAAUAAGUGGUUUAAUUCAUCUAGACAUUAAAUUCCACCACUAUGCUUUCACGAAAAAUAUUAUUCUCAGCAAAAAUACUUCUAUUCUUAGUUCUUUUGCAUUUGCCGCUUAAUGAAGCCGGAUUUCUUUGCAAGUUGUUCAAAUAUUUUGGUUUCAAUCUAACUUGCGGUGAGAACAAAAACGAAUCUUCAUUAACGAGCAAUACUGUUACGUCUUCUGGAGGAGGCGGCACACCUGAUAAUCAGAAUAGUGAUGUUGCAACACCUUUUAGAAGUCAAUCAACUCCUGUGCCAAGGGGUGAUGUUCGUAAAUGUAAUGUAUCUUGUCGUUCACAUGAAAUUAAAGGAAGAUACACCGUUCAAAUUUUAGUAAAAAUCACAAAGAAAAAGUGAGUUCAUCUAAAUCCGUCGCAGUCAUUCUCUACUCUAUAUUAAAGUUCUGAACAGUCAAUGUUUGCAUACGUGACAAUAAUAAAAUGCUCAUGAUUCUCAAUUCGAAGUCU